AUGUAUAUUGCCUUCAAGUGGCUACUUGGUUUGACUUUCGUCAUGUGGAUCGCAAUGUGUAGCAUCGAUAUACUUAUAAAAAAAAGCAAAGAUAUUACAGAUGGAGAUUUCCAAAUGAGACCGUUGGUUCAUUUCAAUAUAAAAAAUAGCACAAUACCGCAAAAAAAUAAAUUGAACUUUCACAGACAAACGCCUUUGAGUUUUAUUCACCGCAUGCGUGAUAAGCAAAUUGGCAUGAUGUAUUUACACGGUGUUAUGUUCCUUGCUGGUGCUCUAGUUGUCUCAUGUUACAAAAGGAUGACCAAAUUAUAUUCCGUAACAAAACGGGAAUUAGCAACUAUCUUCACCAGUGCCAAUGGUAAAAAGAUUCAGGAAUAUUCAAAAAUAGCCGUCGCAGAGGUCAACAGAAUUUCAAUAUUGAUGUACGAAAUUGCGUGGGAACAUUUGAAAGAUACUGUACGUAAAUCAAUAAAUGCAAGUAGAGAUAUGAUGUUCAAACUUAUACAAAAACCAAGGGUUAAUCAUUUGUUGCUAAAAAAAAUAAAAGAACUCUGCGAAGAAAGAAAAAAUUUGGCGCAACUCUUGAUUGCAGCUAUACAUGAAAACAAAAAUAUAAGAAUGCAGUAUCAAUUAGAGAGUAUGGCAAAAAAUAGACUCGUACGGCAUAUAGAGACCACACAAAAAGUAAUCAAAGAGAAUAGAACCAGAUACGUCAGUUUCCAACAAUUGUAUCUUGUUACACACCAAGAAAAUGUAUUUUUAAAGUCUCGUAUAAAAAAGCUGACCCAGGAAAAGGAAGAGGCUUCAACAAAUCUCUUGGAAUUAGUAAAUGAAGUAUACAAAUCAAAAAACAAUGAUCUUAGGGCAUACUGCAGUCGUUUCAUUGUGAAGAGUAAAGACAAUUUACUAAAUUCAGAUGUAGGAGCAGAGAUUAAUACUUUUUUGAAUCGGAAGUCUCAAAUGGCAAAAGCUAAAACAUCUUGCUGCCGGUUAUCUGAUGUAACUGCUCACGAUCUUAAUAGUGAAAGUCGGAGUUGUUCAAGUUGCACGCAAAUUUCGGAUACUUGUAUGUUACCUUUCUGUACCGAAGCACCUAAGCUGAAAGGGCUUCCCGGUGAAUAUGUGUGGACUGUAAAAGAUAAAGAUGGUUUAAUCGAAAAGUUGUACGAGUAUGACUGUGAACCGGAUUUCGAUAAUGGUGACACCAUUAGAAGGAUCAGAGAGUAUUCGGUAUAUUUCGAUAAGGAUUGCUUAUUAGAUUUUUCCAAUUCCACAACUGUCGUUAAUGAUACAACAACAUGUUCUGGCACAUUCGUUUCAAAAGCAACGGUAGAUUUUCCUUUAGCCAGACAAAAGUUUUUGACGGGGUCAGAAGCAUUUCAAAGAUCGAGAACCUAUUACAAAUACUUACUCAAAAAAAUCGGAAUGGAAAAAUUAAAAGAAAUUAAUUCUGUAAUAGAAUGGAAAAAUAUCAAGCAGGAAGAUCUUGAUUUAGAAUAUUCGGUAGUAAUUCCGAAAAAUAUAGCUAAUAAACUAUUUCAAGAGCUAGAAGAAACACUGGAAUAUUUUACUGGAGAUUUAUCAAAAAUAAAGGUAUUCGGUAAAGAGUAUCCUUUACCACGACAGCAAGUCGCUUAUGGUGAUCCGGGUAUAACUUAUAAAUAUUCUGGUCUCACAGUUCCAGCUUUACCAUGGCCAGAUCCGGUCUUAGCUUUGAGAGAAUUCCUGUUUUCCUUGAAAGGCAUUAAAUAUGACUUUGUUCUUGUCAACAACUACAGAAACGGGCAUGAUCAUAUGGGCGAGCAUAGAGAUAAUGAACCAGAAUUGGAUCCGAAUUAUCCCAUAGCCUCAGUUUCCUUAGGUCAAGAACGUACCUUUGUGCUCAAACAUAGAGAUGCUCGAAAACCUGGUAAAGAUAAAAAACUCAUACCCCCAGGUAAGAAUUUAUUUUAA